AAAAAAGAGAGAUGAAUAACACAACUAUCGUUGACGAGACCAUUGCCAGCGCCAGUUUAGAGGAAUGCGUCUUCCAAGCAGACUUUCAGUAUUCCUUCUUCACGAUUGUCUACAGUACGGUCUUUGUCCUGGGGCUCCUGGGGAAUGGGGCUGCCUUGCAUCUCCUGACCUGCCAGGCGAUCAGCUUGCCUCGCUCCUACGUCUACCUGGUCAACUUAGCCAUAGUGGACACCCUGUUUGUCUGUGUCCUGCCUUUCAAGAUCCAUUACCACCUCAACCGGAACAACUGGAUUUUUGGGGACAUUGCCUGCCGGCUGACAGGGAGCAUGUACUUCCUCAACAUCUACCUCAGCAUUGCCUUCUUCACCUGCAUCUGCCUUGACCGCUACGUGGCCGUUUUGCACCCUUUUGUGUACAUCAGGAUCAAGGGCACCCACUACGGGCUGGUGGCUGCGGUCCUCUGGGUGACGGCGGUGAGCAUCGCUGCCCCGCUGGUCCUCGGGGGCCCACUCAACUUCAACCGGAGCAAUGCGACCGUCUGCUUUGAGAGUUUUGGGUUGGAAGAGUGGACCGGGCGCAUGAUGCCCUACAACGUCUGCGCGCUGAUAUUUGGCUUUGUGGUCCCUUUCGGGGUCAUCCUGAUCAGCUACCCUCUGAUCGCCCGGCGCAUCUCUCGCAUCCCCCGCAGCGCCCGCAAGAGGAAGGCCCUGGGCACCAUCUACCUCAUCCUCUUCAUCUGCGCCACCUGCUUCCUCCCAUACCACCUCACCCACCUGCUGCACUUCCUCAUGCGGGUUGGGCUGAUCAGGGACUGCCGCUUUGCCGUUGUCAUAUACAGGAUGCGCCGCAUCACUCUGGCCUCGGUCAGCUUCAACUGCUGCCUGAACCCCAUCUUGUACUACUUCACCUCAGCCAGCCGACAGUGCCGCUGGAGAGUUCCCUUCAGGACCAGGGCCACGAAAGUCUACACCAUCUGUGGUGGUCGAGGCGACGCUUGCGCCCCUGCCAACCUACGCAUUGCCGGACCAAGGUGGGGGGAAAGGAGGCAGCAGGUUCAGAUGAUUUCGGUGAGAAACCCAAGGAAUUUUAACUGAAACUGUAGAUCAGGGGUCCCCAGACUUACCGCGCGGUGGGCCGGAGUGCAGGGGAGUGUGCGCCUGUGCGCAUGCGCACACGCACACGGGCGGGGAAAAAAUCGCCGAAAAUCGCUUGUGUGCAUGCGUAUGGGCCUCCCCCGACCCGGAAGUGCACCAGAAAUGACCUCUUCCAGGUCGGGAGAGGCCCAUACGCAUGCGCACAAAGGAUUUUCGGCGAUUGUUUGCCGAUUUUUUAGAUCGUCGCUGCGCCGCGCGCCGUGAGAGCGGGCGGCGACAGCGGGCGGCGGGGGUCGUCGCGGGCCGGAUUGGAAGGCCGAUUGGGCCGCAUCCGGCCCGGGGGCCGUAGUUUGGGGAUCCCUGCUGUAGAUGGCUUUGUGCAGGAGGGGUUAGCGUUAUGUACCCUUAAGAUUUUUGAAAGGGGCUGCAGCAGGGUGGAGGGACCACAUUUCCCAGAUUUUGUCCUUCUGCCACCCACCCAAGACCCCCGAGAGAGAUUAUUAGUAAUGUUGUGUUUCUGCAGGAGCACAGAAUGCGAUACCAGAUGCAGAAUACAUGCCCCAUGAUUUUAUAUUUUCAAAAGGGCACGUUUCUAGUCCUUUCGGCUGUGUUGAUAAUGCUUCCAAGUGGGUCGGCAAUGUUGACUAAAAUUGCAAAGGCCAGACUGCUUUGGCUGGAGCUGAAUAAGGGUCUUGCCUUGGAAUGGGGAUCCUGUGCCACCCCACCGGCUGUUGCUGAACUGCACCUCCCAUCAGUCCUAGCAAGCACUGCCCAAUGGAGCAGGGAUAGGGGCAGGAGAGGUGUGGUUUGGCAAUACCUGGAGGGCCAAACUGCCCCACACCUGUCUUGCUCCUCUACCAUAGCUUUGCAAAAUGAAAAAGGAAGACACACUUUUUUACGCUUCCUGUGUAUGGACAGGGCUUGGAGUUGGGUGUGUUUGCUUUUGAACAUGGGCAUAUGUACCCACUUCUGUUUUUAAUAUAGACCAGACAUUAAACUGGUGAAGGCUGAUCCAUUAGGUCGAAUGGGGAACUGAUACACAAAGCUCAGUUUUCUCUCAGCCAGCCCCCACCUGCCUGUGAACAUUUUCCUCCAGAGUCUCAAAUCCUUCUUGGGGGCUGCUCAGAAAAGGCAGCUAGUUGGCCACUGUGAGAACAGGAUGCCAGGCUCUGAUGAGCACUGGCCUGAUGGAGCAGAUUGCUAUGGUGCCCCUGAUCCUUUUUCCUUAAAGUGGGAGAUGCCUGCGACAGGAGAUGCCACCUCCUCUGCCCGUGAAGCAGGUGCUCUACCAUCAAACAGCACUCCCUUCCCCAUCACAAGGCAAGAGCUCACAUAAAUGAAUCCGAAGGUGAGUAGCCUGGGUGAUGCUG